GAAGUUAAGGAAGAACUUCUAUUUUUUAAGUUUGUAAACAAGUAUCAAAACUCACAAAAGUCAAGUAAAGCAAACUGCAGUAAACAAAAUAGAAUAUAAAUUAAACAAUUGCUCGCUUGGGGGCCCCCUAGUGGUCAGUGGCCCUAAGCAGCUGCAUAGUCUGCGUAUAGGCUGGGCCGGCCCUGGUUGACAUGCUUAUUCACAGCCAUAAAAGCUUCAGCAGAAAAAUCUGAUCAGGGAGAAAAAUCUGACGGACUCUAUGUACCUUAGUAUUUUUUUUUUUCUUUCUUUUUUUCUUUCAGGGAGUUGGUAACUCUAAGUGUGGCGGAAGCAGUACACUAGUCGUGCAGUGCAAUGGACUGAACUUACAACGUAUAGAUUUACGGAAAAAGUUAUCAGCCUUCAAAAUUGAGUUUUUGAGUUAUGACUCAGAUUCGGAUAUGUCUAUCAUAUUUAUUGAAUACUUAUGGAAUCCAGUGAUGUGAAGUGAUGGUUCCAAACGCUUCAACAUAUUACACUGACGUUUCAGCGACUGAACGUUUCAACACUUCGGGGAUCAUGAAGCAGUAGAACACGUGUUAAUGGUGUGUGUGAAAUAUGGAGGACAGUGGUAUCAGUUGAAAACAGUGUUGGAACAGACAAAAAAGGCAUUUAGGAUGAAAAGUGUUCUCAGGGUAAAGACGGACAAAAUUCAAAAACAACUAAUGGAAUUUCUCAAGGACACAGGGCUGUUGAAAAUGAUAUAGAAAGAGGGAAUUUUAUUUUUAUUUAUUUAUUAUGUUUUUAUUUUUUUUCUUUUGUUUUAAGUUUUAUCUUCACUCUGGGUGUGUUUCACUGUUAGUCAAACUAGCACAAUUUUAGUCUUUACCUGCCUGAUCUCGUACCAAACCGUCAAACCGAUAGGUGGCAGUAAUGCCCCAAGACACGAGGGGUAAACUGCCAAAAAACAAGAAGAAGAUCGAACGUUUCUACUUCCGGUUCACAUGACGCCACUUAUGUAGACCCAUCUCGGACAUUAGUGACUUCCUUCGUCUACUAUUCUCCCAGCCAAACGAGCUCCUUCAAAGCAUUCUCAUUGGUACACCAUGGGGAAAAAGUGUUGGGUUGUGGGCUGCAAGACGGGCUACCUGAGCAACAAGGCAUUCCAGCUGGAGCAGGCAGCCAAUGGGACCCCAAUCACCCUCCACCAGUUCCCCAGGGACGACGAGCUGAGGGCGAGGUGGCUCAAGAACAUCAACAGGGAUGAGAAGGACGACCCGAGUGCCAAAAGGUACUGCUGCUCCUUGCACUUCAAAGACAGUGACUUCAAAGUGACGUUCAUAGAGCAAAAUGGGACGGAGAGGAAGAGAAAGAGGAAGCGGCUUUUCGAGGACGCCGUGCCGACCAACUUUAGCCACAGCGUGACCUACCUGCUGAUGGCGGGGGCGGCGAGGGUGGAGCAUGAGUUCGUGGACAGUGACAAUUUCACUUCCCUCGAGGACCUCAAGGAGAAGAUCAAGAGAGAGAUACCUAGAAACUACAGAAUCUCCCUGGACAAGGACGCCAGCGAGCAGAACAGGCAGUUCCUCACCUUGUUCACGUGCGAGCCGGUGCUUGGAACGCUGCCCGCCAUGACCAACAUGCUGAGGAUUGGAGAGUUCGGGAGCUUCCUCAUGACCAAAGGCGGUGUCAGGAUCGCCAACAGCAAGCUACGCCACAUCUUGCACAGCCACAGGGACGUCUUCACAAGGGUCAGCCAGGUUACAGACGCCCUGGCCUUCCUCAACAACUACAGUGUCGAGGAAACAGACAAGUGUCCCGCAGAUGUACCUGUUGAAGAUCUUUACCCUGAGAAGCCCGAUCCUCUCCACGCUAAACAGGAUGAGGAGUCGGAGAUGCUGUACAUCAAACAGGAGGGGGAGCCAGAGACCCGCGACAUUAAAGAAGAACAAAUGGAAGAUGAAAUCACCAACUUUCCAGUAAUUGUCAAUAUGAAGAUUGAAGAAUAUGCUGAGACCUCCAGCAUUAAAGAAGAAGACCAGGAAGAUGAAGGCACCAAAUUUUCAAUGAGUGUCGGUGUUAAAAGUGAAGAAGGUGACGGUCCCAGCGAAGAGAGCGGAGCAGCGAAACCUUGGAGCGACAGCUCAUUUCAGCACCUGACAACAGCUGGAGAGAGACUAUCGCAACCGGAUGGCCCAUUAGCUGCGCUCUCGGACAAUGACGACAUAACGUCACACUCUUCUGACUUCAACACUGAUGACGAGGAUGUUGAUGUUGACCAUAAUGCUUCAAAAUCCUUAAACAAGUCAUCGUUGAAUAGAGAGUCAAAAGAAUGCGUGGGUCGGAAACCGUUUGCCUGCUCACGUUGCGAUAAAACAUUUUCUUGGAAACAAAGCUUUACUAAACACAUGCGUACACACACUGAAGGGAAGAAGUCUUUUGCCUGCUCCUUUUGUUUGAAAAUAUUUACUCAGAGGCUUCAGUUGACAAUACACACACGGACACACACUGAAAAAGAAAAGCCUUUUCACUGCUCAAUUUGUGGUAGUGGAUUCUCUCAGAAAGGCAAUUUAAAAGCACACGCGAGGUUGCACACUGGGGAGAAACCUUUCGCUUGCUCUUUUUGUAAUAAAAGAUUUUACUUCAAGAAUAGGUUGACAAGACACGUUCGUGCACACACUGGAGAGAAGCCUUAUGUCUGCACAUGUUGUGGUAAAGGAUUCACACGGAAGGCAAAUUUAAACAGACACACAGAAAGCCACACUGGAGAGAAGCCUUUUGCCGCUCGUGCUGUGGUCAAAGAAUCAUUCGGAAGAGACAUUUAGUAUCACACACAAAAAUUCACAUUGUGAGAAAACCUUUGAAUUCUGUGACAAAAUAUUCUGAUUUCUGACACGCAUUUACAGGAGAAGAAGCCUUUCACUUACUCAGUUUCACUUUAGAUUCUUUUGAAAGUUCUCGGAAUGAUUUUGCAGGUCACGUUCUUCUUCACAACUAUACAAUAUAUUUGAUAAGCCUGGGCGAUAUGACAUAAAUUGUUAUCACGGUACAAGGUUUCUUAACAGUUGAAAUUGAUAAUUAUCGCGAUCAUUUUAUCUUAAAAUUUGAAGUCUGAUUUUUGCCACUGAGUGAAAGUUUACAAAACCAGAUGCCGCUUGAACCAAUCUUUAGUUCCAGAACUAAUAUAAGGAACAUUGCGCAAAAUGAAGUUAUCAAAAUGCAGAACAUUGCACAAAAUCUGAGGUAGACCUGCCAUCUCAAAAAAUAAAAUAACCAUCGAUAGACAAACUAAUUGUAAUAUACACUCGGCACCGUGUUCAAGUCUUAAGGUGUUGGACAAUGUCAACCAAACAGACAAAAGAAAAUGUUCAGUUUCAAAAAUUUGACAAAUAAACAAGACUGCCAUUGCGUUAAAGUAGGACUGUCAAAAUUAUCGCGUUAACGAGCGGUAAUUAAUUUUUUAAAUUAAUCCCGUUAAAAUAUUUGACACAAUUAACGCACAAAUGCCCCGCUCAAACAGAUUAAAAUGAGAGCACAGUGGAAGGUGUACUUGUUGUGUUUUUCGGAGUUUUGCUGCCCUCUGCUGGCGCUUGGGUGCGACUGAUUUUAUAGGUUUCAGCACCCAUGAGCAUUGUGUAAGUAAUUAUUGACAUCAACAAUGGCGGGCUACUAGUUUAUUUUUUGAUUGAAAAUUUUACAAAUUUUAUUAAAACGAAAACAUGAAGAGGGGUUUUGGUAUAAAAUUUCUAUAACUUGUCUUUUAAGAACUACAAGUCUUUCUAUCCAUGGAUCGGUUUAACAGAAUGUUAAUAAUGGUAGUGCCAUCUUGUUGAUUUAUUGUUAUAACAAAGAAAUACAGUACCGUAUGUUGAAUGUAUAUAUCCAUCUUGUGUCUUAUCUUUCCAUUCCAACAAUAAUUUACAGAAAAAUAUGGCAUAUUUUAUAGAUGGUUUGAAUUGCGAUUAAUUGCGAUUAAUUACGAUUAAUUAAUUUUUAAGCUGUAAUGAACUCGAUUAAAAUUUUUAAUCGUUUGACACCCCUACUUUAAAGGUUACGGGCCAGAAAUAUAGGUGUCCAUAGUAUCAGGCUUUAAUGCUACUCUGUGUCAGGUACCAAUAAUGUUCCCUCCUGUACUGAAUGCACUCAGAACUAGUGUUCAUGUUGCAUCAGCGCCCUGUAGUGUAACUACAGUUUAUCCACUUCUUUUGAACAUUGUUAUUUCUGUUGACAGAAAUUAUAUGACAUGACAAUAAUUAUUGUUAUCGUUUUAUUGACCAGGGUCAAGUCUAGAUUUUUUCUUUAAUUAAACGAGUUGAGUUGAAUGUGUUUCGGUUGAGAUUGUUCCGUAACUUUUCGCUAUUUUAAUUUUGAAUGUAGGCAUUGAGGCCAGGCUUCCCUUCCACCUUGGUCUCUAACCCUCUGUUUACAAGACAUCAAUUCAUAGCUCGCGUCAAACCUCCUCAAUUGCUCAAAAUCCUCCAAAAAGGCCUUUUAGUUUCACUAACAAUGUAUGGUACCACCAGAUCUUUGCAAUAUAACGUGUUUCCCACUUUUCAAAUCCAGGCUCAAAACAUAUCUGAUCAUAUUCAGCUUGAUCCUCUGUUCGAUUUGUUACAACUUUUUUCCGUUACAUUGAUAUACUCUGCUUUUGUCUUGUCUUGAAAGGCGCUUUGACAUAAAUGGUAUUAUUUGAAAUACUUAGAUUCCCUUUGUUGUUUGUUCAAAUUUCCAUUAUAGAAUUACUCUACCUUUUUAUUAUUCCUAUGAAAUAGUUUUGUUCAUUACUGAUUUUUUUUUUUUUUUUUUAACCUCUAUUGUGAUCAAUUUUUGGAGCUCUCUCUUUUUUGGGGGGAACUUUUUAUUCAACUUUUUAUUUUAUUCGGGACAAACAAAUACAGCAUAUUAUGGGUUUCUUUUCAACAAGAUAAGUACUCUUCAAUCGGCCUUCAUCUUUUCUGGAAACUCAUAUACCUCAUUUGCACUUCUAGCUUCCAUUUCAUACACCUCACUCAGUUUAUGUUUCCACUGCAUCACUGUGGGAGGCCUUGGAUUCUUCCAUUUAAUAAUCACCAUUUUCCUGGACACCAUUAAUAGUAUGUGUAGGAGACAUUUUUGUUCCCUAGUGUAGACGACCUCAGGGGUUAGAUCCAGGAUCAUUUGUUUUGGGGUAAGCUUCAAGACCACUGUCAAUUACAACCUUUACACCCCUCCAAAAACAAUGCAACUUUGGGCAGUCCCAAAAUAUAUGAGUGUGGUCACCAAUCAACCCACAGUCACUCCAGCACUUCAUUACAUUCGAGUCUUUUACAAAUUUAGAAGCAGCCAGGGGAGACCUUUUUCUUGAUGGGCAAUUUGUUUUUGAUUAUAUCGAUGAAAUAAGUUUCCAAAUUCGAUGGCACAUUCUUGAUAACUUCCCAGUCGUUAUGAGUUGUAAUAUAAUGUCGAAUUUGAAGAUAUCUAAGCAUAUUACUUUGUGGUACAGAGAAUUUUUGUCGGAGAUACGCGAACGACUGCAAAACAUUGUCAUGGAAUAACUGAUCAAUAAUUUUCAGAUUAUUGUUCGCCCAUCUCCUAAAAAGAAAUAACAGAUACUUAGGGGGGAAGGCCACAUUCCCAUCAAUCUGUACUAAACGUGAAAGGGUAGCAACCCCUUUAACUCUCUUGGACUGUUGACCAAAUUUCUAAGGUGUGUUUUACCCACACAUUU